AUGAGCAAUGAAACGGAAUUAACAACGCAAGAAUCAAGAUCACGAAAGACAAUAUGCAUAUUGCUUUGUACUCCUUUUAUAAUGUUCACUGUUUGUAUUGCUGCCUGGAGACCCAUUUUAAUUCCGUAUUCAUACAAAUUUGUGAAGAUCGUCUCUUUACAUAUUAUUAAUGAUAAAGAGAGAUUUUUGGCCAACGAACUGGUGCUUGCUCGAAAGGAAUGGAGAUCGUAUCAACUGGAGAGACAAUUCGGUAAACAGUGGUGCAACAAGAAUAAAUUUGGGUCACGAAAAGAUGUAGCGUGGUUAACUGUUAUGGUCAAUGAUGACUUUGUCGUUCCCGCUUUGGUUCUUGGUCACUCAAUUCAAACAUUUUCUUGUCACAAGAAUAUGAUUGCGCUUAUAUCAGAAAAUGUGAGUGAGGAUACACAAGACGCGCUUCAAAGGGUCGGCUGGGAAACUCGUUUAGUCGAAGAAAUGGAUUGCGAUUGGAUGGAUGCUAAAGUUGGUGGAGAUCGAAAUAGCGGACUUUUUGGAAGACCUCUAGGACACAGAAUUAAGGGAACACACACAAGAUUUCACGCGUGGAACUACACAGAGUUCUCCAAAAUGAUUUAUGUUGAUGCUGAUUACAUGCUGAUGUCUAACAUAGAUGAACUUUUUGACAUCCCGGAACACUUUGCAGCCGCGCCUUGCUCCCGACCUGGUGUUCUGGAUCCUUGUUUCAAUGCAGGGCUUCUGGUGUUCAAGCCAGAUUUGAAAACCUAUCAAGAAAUCAUGAAACACUGGCGGGAGACAACAGAAAAAGACACCUGCCCAACGGAUCAGGAAUUGCUGAAUGAGUUUUAUGCAGACAGUGGCUGGAAAGAACUUCCCUAUGCGUACAACAUCAGGCGGAUAAUCUUUCGGCCCAUGAUGUCAUUCCACUAUGCCUGCUGCCGACCUCCAAAGCCAUGGACGUCAGAAUGUCGUCCAAGUAGAAAGGAGGCGAGUAAGUUUGACGGUCCCAUUAUAACUGUCGAUGAUAUGGCAUUAGUUUUCUGGAAGAAUUUCUAUGAACUUCUUGCGCAUUACAACUUGGAGGACUGGUGGAGAUCUACAAUUUUUUCCAGGCCAACGCAAGAGUUUAGAAGUGAUUCAAAUUCUACUUGCUGGAGAAUUACUUGA